GGGUCUGCAUCUUCCUUAUCUCUUCUACAUCUACAUUACAUAUCAUCUCAACUUUUUCUGUCUUGUAUCUAAAAUUUCUACUGUAUCCAGCUUGUAAGCAAAUUGUAUUACGUUCUUCUCCCUUUGUGUAGCCUAUAAUUUAUAAAAAUAUCUUAAUAAAAACCAAGUUUGUUACGGAAAUCAAUUUAUUUGUCGUAUAAAGUUUCCGUCUCUCUGCAUAAGCACUUUAUCUGCUUUUGCAUGAGUUUUGGUUUCUCAAUAAUCCUCUGUUCUGAUCCUUGAAGUCCAGAACUCUGCAAUUGAACUGGUUUUAUACUUAAAUCUAAUAUUUGAGGUAUUCAUAUGGUGUCGUUGUUGAUAGUUUAUAUGGGCUUGUUGAGGUAGGAAAUGAGGGAUGUUUUCUUGGUUGGGAAGGAUAGUAAUGGCUUGUUGGCGACCGGUGAGUCAAUAUGCCCGUAUGAACAAGGAUAGUAAUGGUAACAGUAACAAUAGUAGUCAUAAUACUGAUGAUAAUGAUGAUGCUAGCGUUCUGGCAGACCCUCUUCUAUGGUGCAAAGACCUUGAAAAACACUUUUAUGGCGAGCUGUCGUACGCCAUAGUACAGGCCAAUGAGGUUAUCGAGGAUCACAGUCAGGUUGAGACUGGCCAAAUGGCCACUUUUGUUGGAGUUUAUGAUGGUCAUGGCGGCCCUGAAGCAUCCCGUUUCAUUCGUGAUCACUUGUUUCUUCAUCUAAUGACUAUUGCACGAGAAAAUGGAACAAUAUCAGAAGACAACCUGAGGAAUGCAUUUUCCGCCACUGAAGAUGGAUUUCUCUCUCUUGUGCGAAGGACAAUUGAAAUAAAACCUUUAAUGGCAUCAAUUGGUUCUUGCUGUUUGGUGGGAGUUAUUUGGAAGGGAAUAUUAUAUAUAGCUAAUCUGGGUGAUUCCAGAGCUGUUAUCGGUUCUGUAUCUAGAUCUAAUAAAAUUGUUGCAGAGCAGUUGACUAGGGAUCAUAAUGCUAGCACGGAGGAGGUUAGGAAUGAACUCAUUUCAGCACAUCCUGAGGAUUCUCAUAUAUUAGUUAUGAAGCAUGGCGUGUGGCGCAUAAAGGGAAUCAUUCAGGUAUCUAGAUCCAUUGGAGAUGCUUACUUAAAAAGGCCAGAAUUCUCCCUGGAUCCAUCAUUCCCGCGCUUCCACCUUCCUGAGCCUAUUCGCAGUCCAGUACUAAGAUCAGACCCAUCUAUCUGUACUAGAGAGUUACAACCCAAUGACAAAUUCAUUAUAUUUGCAUCUGAUGGCCUUUGGGAACACAUGUCAAAUCAGGAGGCAGCUGAAAUUGUACACAAUAAUCCCAGAGCAGGCAUUGCAAGCAGACUUCUUACAACAGCUUUGCAUGAAGCAGCUCGGAAAAGACAGAUGAGGUACGAUGAUCUUAAAAAAUUACAGAAAGGGGUGAGGCGUUUCUUCCAUGAUGAUAUCACUGUUGUUGUGAUCUUCAUGGACAAUGGGUUGUUGGAGAGAAGUAUGCAUGCGCCUCAACUCUCUGUACGAGGGGGCAUCGACACCAUUGGGCCAUCAAGGUUCAACAUUGUACAGACUGAUGGAAAUGCCAACUCCUCUUAAAGAAGAGAACAUGAUCUCCCUGAUUUUAUUCCAGAACAUCCUAAACGGAAUUCUUGAAUUAUUUGGUGGAAGGGGGUCUAUGACCUUGGUUGUUGCACAUAACUAGCGAGUAAACAGAGUGAUGAUCAAUAAGUGUGAUGGAAGUCGUCACCUAGCUUUUUGGGUUGAGAUAGACCCAAUAGCCCCUAGCGGUGUUAUGGCAACUCAAGUUUUAACGACAUCAUGUGAAAUUUGAAUGAGUUUAGGGUAGCUUGUUCAUGUGUUAUGGGAUUAUAAGCUGCAGGUUGUCAAGCUUUAAUAUGUGAAAUCCGGCCUCAUAGACGAAAUGUAUGUUCUUCUUUUCCCGUGACUCUGCCCUGGGGUUAUAAUAUAUUUCCGACAUCUUUUUGUUUC